AAAGGUUGCAGAAAAAUAGAACAGAAUGCCACCUCCAAUAUCUACAAAACUGUAUAUUGGGAAUUUACCUGAAACUUGCAGAAAAGCUGACCUGCAAAAAAUGUUUGAAGCAUAUGGAAAAGUUAUAGAAUGUGACAUUGUCAGAAAUUACUGCUUUAUUCACUUUGAAAAUCCAAAUGAAGCAAAAAUGGCACAAGCAAAUCUGGACGGUGCUGAUUUUGAAGGCGUCAAAUUAAAAGUGGAGAUGUCUCACAGCAAAGUACGCCAAAAACCUGGGAUGGGAGGAAAAGGCGAGUGUUACAGAUGUGGAAAGGAGGGGCACUGGUCAAAGGAUUGCCCAAAAGGACCAUCUCGUGGAAAGCCUAGAGGACCAGAACCCCCGUACAGAGACCCCUACAGAGAUCCAUAUGAUCCCUACUACAGGGAGAGAUACCUGCCUCCCCCACCUCCCCAUGACAGAUAUAGACCAUACCCAGAACCCUAUGACAGGAGGCCUCUCCCUCCACCUCCACCACGAGAUCCGUACUACAGAGAGAGGGACCCUUAUGCUAGACCACCUCCAGAGUAUUAUGGGCGUCGAUCACCCCCUCCCCCUCCUAUGAGACCAAGACCCGAUGAUCCAUAUUAUGACUCGUACUAUCCUCCUAGAAGAAGCAGCUACCCAAUGCCACCACCCCCGGGAACAAAUCGUUUGUCGCCACCUCGCAGCCGCGUCCCGGCACCAUAUUGAACGUCGCAGACCCGCGUCGGAGGCCAAAGAUGGAAAGCUGAUUUAAUGCUUUCAUAAUUUCAAACGGACUUGUGAAACUUUUUACAAAAAUAUUUUAAGAAGCAUUUUAUAGAUUGUAUCUGCAUUGAGAGAAAUGGAAGAAAAGACUGGAUUUAUUGUGUUAUAUAGUAAAUGAGCGACUGUGGAAGGACGAACAUCUUUGCUUAAUUAACCGUGAUCAAAUCAAGAUCUAAUGUAGACGUUUUUAGAAUCGAGUUUUCACACGUGUCAUUUGUAAAUAUUUUCAUUGUCUCAUGAGUAAAAACAAUAAAUGAUAAGAAAGAUGUAUAAUAA